CUAAGUUGGCAGCAUUUCGUAACCAAUAUGGCAGUUGUUGUGUCCUGGUAUCGUACAUAGCGCUGUGGUCUCUAGGUUAUUUUUUUCUAAUUCUCGCUAAAUCAUGGAGGAAUUAGAAGGCUCUCAAGUAGAUAAGCUGCUCCAAUUUCAGGAGUUGACGGGAAUCGAGGAACUGGCGGAAUGCAGGUCAAUUCUGCAACGUCACAGUUGGGAGCUGGAGAGGGCAGUACACAAUACCCUGACCAACAGGGAUGUCGUCGACAGGUGGCUGCCAGUCAGGGCGCCUGGUCAGGGUCUCAUCGGCUACGUUAUUUCUCUGGUCUACAACCUCAUCUCAAGAAGCUUUUGGUCCGCUUUCGGAGUCUUCUGGAGGCUCAUCAGACCCCCAGACAGGCACUUGAGUGAAUAUCGUUUCUUGAUGGAUCGUGGGAGCUCCGAAAGUUUAUCCCCUGAGUACGAAAGCCCUGAAGCAAGCUCGUCUGACGAAGGAAAUGAAAGGAUAGGCGCAUCGUUCCAAGAUGUGGAAAUCAGCGAAAUCAACGACUGGGAAGAUGGGGAGAGCGAGCAUCGCACUUACUGGACUGCUGCCAUUUAUUCUGACGCACUUACCAGCUAUGAACAUGCAGGUUCGAUCGGCGGUGGAGCAUCAAGCCCGAUGAAUGACGUCGAACAAUUCAUUGAUGACUUCCACACGCGGUACUGCACAGAUGUCCGGCCUGCCUUCUGGCGGAGCAGCUACAGCCAGGCGCUGGCAGUGGCCAAGCAAGAGCUCAAAUUCCUGUUGAUCUACCUGCACUGCCGAGACCACCAGAGCACAAACGCGUUCUGCAGAGAGACCAUGUGCUCGGUGCUGCUGAACGAGUAUUUGCGCUCGGCCAACUGGCUGCUGUGGGGCUGCGACGUCAACAGUGCCGAGGGCUACCGGGUAUCGCAGGCCCUCAGGGAGAACAGUUAUCCGUUCCUGGCGGUCGCAGUGCUCAAGGGACAAAGGAUGACUGUAGUGUCACGCUACGAAGGCCACAUCCAGCCAGAGGACUUGGUUCCCCUUCUCAGAACCGUCGUCACAGAGAAUGAGGCGAGCUUGGUGGCUGUUAGAGCUGAAAGGAAUGAGAGAAGCCAAACCAAUCUGCUCCGCCAGCAACAAGACGAGGCGUACCAAGAAAGUUUACUUGCCGACCAAGAAAAAGAGAGGCGGAAGCGAGAACAGCAACAAGCAAUUGAAGAGGAGCAGGCCAGGUUAAGGGCCGAGGAGGAGGAGCGGCAGAGGCAAAAAGAGGAAAUCGCCAGGCUGAAAAUCGAACUGGCAGAUCAAAUUCCUGCAGAGCCGCCGACUGAUCAAGCCAACGCGGUGCACCUGGUCAUUAAACUGCCGUCAGGAGGACGUCUGGAACGACGGUUUCUUCCUGAGCACACUUUAAAGGAUAUAUUCCAUUAUGUGUUCUGCCACCCCGAUUCACCAGACCAAUUUGAGAUUUCUCAAAACUUCCCCCGACGCGUGCUGCAGUGCCAGGGCGAAGGCGCAAACACGUCUUUGCAAGAUGCUGGUCUUGGCGGCAAACAAGCCCUGUUCGUUACUGAUCUUGAGGCCUGAUAACCGAGUGAUAACAGACUGUUCUUGUUUUUCAUGUUUAGUUGUUUUAAAGUUAUUUAAUAAAGUCAAAUAUUUUCAAGUCAUUGAAA